AUGCCCAUCAACACGUCCCACUGCACCUCGUGGACUCAGAUCCAGCCCAUCCACUCUGUGUCGGAGGGCGAGGGGGGGAAGGUCACGGUGUUGGGUCGUGGGGGGGGGGCGUUGGAGGAGGGCCUGGACAGAGGCGGCAGCUCGGGGUGGGAGUUGGCUGUGUGGCCCGAUGCCUGCGGGGGAUCUCGCCCCAGGUUGUUGGAGAACGCGUUGCUCAACGCUGAGGUGAAGGAGGGAGAGAUCCUCCCGCCCACCAUUCAUAAGCUGAUGAAAGGCUACAACAAGUACCUCCGGCCUUUCUUUGACAAUGGACCCGUAUCUGUGGGCAUGAGCUUGGACAUCGCCAGCAUUGACACCAUCUCAGAGAUCAACAUGGACUACACGGCCACCAUCUUCCUGCGUCAGCGCUGGACCGACGAGAGGCUGGUGUUCCAGGGGAACAAGAGCCUGAGUCUGGACGGACGCCUGGUGGAGCUGCUGUGGGUGCCCGACACCUUCAUCGUGGACUCCAAGAAGUCCUUCCUCCACGACAUCACCGUGGAGAACCGGCUCAUCCGCAUCUUCCCCAACGGCACCGUCCUCUACGCGCUGAGGAUCACCACCACGGUGGCCUGCAACAUGGACCUCACCAAGUACCCUAUGGACAAGCAGACGUGCACCCUUCAGCUGGAGAGCUGGGGCUACAACAUCAACGACCUGACCUUCCACUGGACCAGAGGGAACGAGUCUGUGAGUGGGCUGGACACCCUGAAGCUGGCCCAGUACACCGUGGAGGACCACUACACCUCUGUCUCUGAGGCCAUCUAUGAAACCGGCCACUACCCCAAGCUGGUGUUCCACUUCGAGCUGAAGAGGAGCAUCCUCUACUUCAUCCUGGAGACCUACGUGCCCUCCAGCCUGCUGGUGGUCCUCUCCUGGGUCUCCUUCUGGAUCUCACAGUCCUCCGUCCCUGCUCGCAUUUGCAUAGGGGUGACCACGGUGCUGACCAUGACCACCCUGAUGAUGGGGGCCCGCACCUCGCUGCCCAACGCUAACUGCUUCAUCAAGGCCAUCGACGUGUACCUGGGCAUCUGCUUCAGCUUCAUCUUCGGGGCCCUCAUCGAGUACGCAGUGGCCCACUUCUGCACGCUCACCUACACCGAGUCCAUGUACGGCCACCACAUGCAUGAUGCAUUCGACGACGAGAUGAACGGCAUCAUCACCACCAUCGCCAGCAACUCCAACCGGGCCAAGAGACGCAAGGAGGCUAAUGCCGCCGCCAACGCCGCCGGCGCUAACGCGGCCCCGGUGGAGAUCGCCCUCACCCCGUCCAGCCCCUCAGGGAGCGAGCCCAGGCUGGAGGCCCCGCCCGAGGUGCCCCGCCACUGGUGCUUCACCGUGCUGGCCGUCCUGCGCAAGGUGCUCCGGCGGGCCAUGAACUGCUGCCACGUAGAGAACCCCCACUACAUAGACAACUACUCCCGGGUCACCUUCCCCCUGUCCUUCGUCAUGGUCAACCUGCUCUACUGGACCUACUACCUGUACUUCUAG